UGGAUUUUUGUUAAAGUGGUUGUGAAAAUUUCGUGAAAUUUAAUUAAUUUAUAAAAGAGCGUGAAAAAUGCGGCGUUUCUUCAAACACCUUCGUUUCUUUACUAUCAAGCCUCAUGAGAUCGAUGCAGAGUCGUUAAUUUAUUGGGAUACACGGAUUGUUGCCAGCUUAAUUGAGAAAUUAGGAGUUAAAGUUGGAUAUAUAAAGACUGAACAAUUUGAUGACUUGUUUGUUGCUUAUUUUGACUGUAUGCUGCAUAAGAAGUCGAAGUAUAUGCUUGAUAUACAAGGAUAUGAUGUAUUUCAUGCAACAACUAUUGAUGAAAUCACUAUUUCAAUUGGCAUGAGGAAGAAAGGAGUCAAAUGUCAAUGUUUUAAAUCAAAAUCAAAUAAUAAUCAGGCACAAGGAAUAAUGGAACUCUUAUCAUACUUUAUUCGGGGAUCUGGUUCUGACGAGGAUGCUGAUGAUAUUGAUGAGCCUGUCGCUGAAAAUUGCAUUGAAAUUCCGAAUAUUGAUGGGUUGAAGGAAUUUGAAGUUUUGUUCAAUAAAAAGAGACAGGAAAGGAACCGUACAUAUGAUGCUGUAAAAGUUAAAGACAUUGAAGAAGAGAUUCAGAAGAUAGCUCAUCAAAUUAUUAACUUUUAAGAUACUGUGCUUUUAUAUUGUUCGAAUUUUUUUGAUUAAUAAAAAGCUACGUAAAGCUAAAAUUAGGACCCAUAUUUAAAGCUAUACAAACUCAAUUAUAUUUUAAAUGUUCACCAUAUUUUUGUAGAAUUAAUGAGUAACGGUUAUUU